AAAGUAAGAACAAAGGAAUCUGGAGUCUACUUUAGUUUCUCUAGUUUAUCAAUUACGGCCUACGCUUUGGUUACUAUUUUCGUCCCUGUACUACAUUUCUCCCUUAUCUAUUUAUUACCCAAGUCUUUGCCUGGGAGAUGGCUUAAUCAAGCAGAAGUUUCAGUUAGUUCUUCUGGGUUUUUCAGCUUUCAUCAGUUUGGCUUCUCUUGGAUGGAGUCCCUAAUACUAAUCCUUUACAUCCUCAUUUCCAGCACUCUAUGUGAUGCAAGAAGUUUAUCCCAAACCCAGAAAGCAGAACAACACAGAAGUACCACUCAAAUACUGAAGAAGCUGAAAGUAACAAACCACAUAGACAUACCAGUAGUACAAGCCAGCUCUCCAUUUUCUUCUCCACCUUCUGUUUCACCAGCACCAAACCCAUUGCCUACUGCAACUGUCCCUCCUAAUCUUCCCUAUUGUGUAAAUCCACAACUACCACCUACUAUUUUAUCUCCCACAUACCCACCUCAAAAUGGGCCUAGCCCACACCAACCCUGCAUCAUUCUAAGCCCACCCAACAAUACCCCAACCCAACCCAACAUUCCUCUAAGCCCACCCAUAAGUCCUCUAAGCCCACCAGCAGUCAAUCCCUUCCCUACAGUCAACUCCCCACCACCAACUGGACCCAAAAACACUCCUCCACACACAAAGCCCCAGUCUGGAGUGUGGUGUGUGGCCAAGCCGACCGUGCCCGACCCGAUAGUCCAAGCGGCCAUGGACUAUGCGUGCGGGUCGGGCGCGGACUGCAAGUCAAUUCAGCCCAACGGGUCGUGCUACCAUCCCGAGACGUUGCUCUCCCAUGCGUCGUAUGCGUUCAACAAUUACUGGCAGAGAAGGAAGGUGGCCGGAGGGACUUGUGAUUUUGGAGGGACAGCGAUGCUGGUCACUGCUGAUCCAAGUUUUGAUGGAUGCCAGUUCUCCUUCAAUGGAUGACCCAAGAGUCAAGAAUGAGUAUCCAAUAUAGUACGAGCUAGAUAUAUUAGACAAAAGAAAAUAAAGAUCGACAACGACAAUUUCGAUUCUCAAAGACAGAUGUCUUUGUCAAACAGCCAUCGGACUUUAAUUAGAUGGGGUCCAAUGAAUUUGUCUAAUUGUGAUUUUGGAUGUAGACAUAUUAUUAUGGGCCUAUGGGGGACUUUCAGUGAAGUUGUCUUUGUCUUCCUGUCUUCCACUCUCCACUAGUAACUUUAUUUGUAUAAUGGAAUGUACCUGUUUCUCUAUUAUUAUACACACUUUUUCCUUUUCCUUU